CGCACGUGCUUGGCCGAGCUGGGAUUGACCGCGAUCGGGAGCUGCUGGGCUCCGCUCUCUCUCCCGCCACGCCACGCCACCCCGGAGGAGGCUGCUCCCGCGCCCGGGGCUCUUCGUUGCUUGCCUUCUUUCCUUCCCUCCCGGCUUUGGGUUUCAGGCGGCGCCGGUGCCUGGCCGCGCGGCGGGCGCGAUCAUGGGCGGGCGCGGCCUCUGGAAGUUGGGGCUGGUGGCCAUCCUGCUGAGUGGCGGCGGGGCGCUGGAGCAGAGCGAGGCGCCGCCGCGCCCGGAGGGGCGAAGCCAGCAGAGCCCCGCUGCCCCCUGGACGAGCACGAGCCCGACCGCGGGCGGCGCCCCCAACGCCUCGCGGCCGGGCGGCCGAGCGCCCCUCCCGCCGUACCCCACGUGCACCCGGAGGACGGAGAUCGCGAAGGCGUUCAAGUACAUCAACACGGCGGUGGCCGGCCUGGUCUUCGUGCUGGGCAUCAUCGGCAACUCCACGCUGCUCCGGAUCAUCUACAAGAACAAAUGCAUGCGCAACGGGCCCAACAUCCUCAUCGCCAGCCUGGCGCUGGGGGACCUGCUUCUCAUCCUCAUCGACAUCCCCAUCAACCUGUACAAGCUUCUUGCAGAAAACUGGCCUUUUGGAGUUGAAAUGUGUAAAUUGGUUCCAUUCAUUCAAAAGACUUCACUGGGCAUCACAGUAUUAAGUCUAUGUGCUCUCAGUAUCGAUAGAUAUCGGGCAGUCGCUUCGUGGAGCCGUAUCAAGGGAAUUGGAGUGCCAAAGUGGACAGCAGUUGAAAUCAUAUUGAUCUGGAUAAUGUCUCUUGUUUUAGCUGUUCCAGAAGCUAUUGGCUUUGAUAUAAUUCCUUUUAAACAUAAUAAUGAGAAUAUUGCAGUUUGUUUACUUACUCCUGAUCAAAAAGCACCUUUCAUGCAGCUUUACAAGAAAUAUAAAGAUUGGUGGCUCUUUAGCUUUUAUUUUUGUCUGCCCUUGGCAAUCACUGCCCUCUUCUAUACUCUGAUGACCUGUGAGAUGUUAAGAAAGAAGAGUGGGAUGCAAAUCGCCUUAAAUGACCACUUAAAGCAGAGACGGGAAGUCGCUAAAACUGUGUUCUGCCUAGUGCUUGUUUUUGCAUUAUGUUGGCUCCCACUACAUCUCAGCAGGAUAUUGAAGCUCACUCUUUAUGACGAGCAUGACCCAAAUAGGUGUGAACUUUUGAGUUUUUUGGUUGCACUGGGCUAUGUUGGCAUCAGCAUGGCAUCCCUGAACUCCUGCAUCAAUCCAAUUGCUCUGUAUUUGGUGAGCAAGAGGUUCAAGAACUGCUUUAAGUCAUGCCUGUGUUGCUGGUGUCAGUCCAAAGAUAUGCUAUCCCUAGAAGAGAAACAAUCCUGCUUAAAGUUCAGAGCCAAUGAUCACGGAUAUGACAAUUUUCGCUCCAGUAACAAGUACAGCUCAUCUUAAGCAAGACAGUGUACACUCAGCUAGCUUCGACUUUCAGGGAGUGGACAAAGAGGACUGUAAUGAUAGACAGCAGAUUUGGGGGGAUGGGGACUUUGGGAGAAGCAAGUUAGGGUUUACAGAAAAACACUAAAGCCUCAAUUUACAGUCUGUACCAAUGAUAAAGAUGUGUGAUGUCUGUAGCCAUUAGAAAGCCUGAAGAUCACUUGGAGAAGCAAAGAAAAAGAACCCCUCGUUAAAGCACUUAAGCUCUUCAGAGUAGGCGCUGGCAGAUCAUCCUGAGAUCCUAUCAAUGGCAACCCCAUUUCAAAAGUUCAGUCUUGCAUGCAUGCAGUAUGUUGCAUCAUGUUGCAGACUGAGUAAAUCUUAUCAGGAAUUUUAACUGCAUCGCAGGGACCAAUCAUUAAAAGGAUGCUAUCAGACUUGGAACAAAUUUGGUCCUUGUUUGCUGUUACCUAAGCAAACGUAAGUAUAGCUUCGGAGUGGAGCAGCAACAGCAGGGGAAGUAAUACAAAAUUCUUUUCCCAGAAAAUGCCAGCAGAGUUCUUAAGCCAUGAACACGUGAGUCAUGCAUGGAAACCCAGCUGUGCUUCUCAGGAAACUAAAGCCAGUUUCUCAUCAGUGGAACAGCACUUGUAGCCUGCAAAGCUAAUGGAUUCCACCAGUCAGGCAGCAAAACCAAGAGGCUUAUCUGUGGCCCCAGUGAGCCACUUUCUAUAAGCCAGGGCUGUUUCAGGCCCAGGAUUGAAUUCCAUUUUAGAGAUACCCUUAUGGGCCAGAUUCCAGUGGUAAGUGAAGGCCAAAGGCAAAAGAGAAAAGGGCCCAAAUACCAGCAUACCUUACCUUAAAGCUCUCAUCACCAGUAACUAAGCUUCAGGAGAGACAUUUCUGCUCUGUCUUUACCAUCUUGGCACAGACUGGCAGCUGAGACCUGAAGUUCUUCAUGUAUGAUUUAAUCUGCAGGCUACAUGGGGCAUAGUGAAUCAUAAGAUGGGAAGACCUGCAUUUGUUUGAGACAAGGACCCAAAAAAAUAGAAGACUGUGCAGCAACAGAGUCUAAACGCAUCUUAGGAAAAAUAUGUAUUCUCUCCAUAAGGAAGAGCAUAUAUUCACCAGCCAGGCUACAGAAAGAACAGUAUUAAAGCAUGGAUGGCUGACUGCUUCUACACAGCUUGCAUCUCCCCUACUUCUCAAGUUGUUUUAUUUUACCUCAAAGUUCAGGGGAGCACUUAGUUGGCCCCAUCUUGGGAAUGCCAUAUCUUCCACCUUGCAGCAACAAGCUUGGACUCAAGCCAGGGUUAUCAGCCAUUACUCAUGAGUCCCCUGGAGCUCUUCAGAAGGAACAAAUGCCUUUUGGGACACAAUCCUGUCUUCUUCACUGUCAAGAUGGCUAUGAGGAUGAAGUAGUCCCUGUGGAAAAGUUUUCUGUUUUUCCUCAGAAGCAGGAAAAAUAUCCAGAUAAGAUUUGGGGACUCAAUACCCUGCCUACUACUUUCAGCCACCCCAGUGCUGGCAGAAGCAACCUACAUUGUACAAAAUAAAUUGCAGAAUAAAACACUGCAGAAUAAAUUGUGCAAAUUAGAGCAAUUUCUACAAUUCAUUUAGCUUCUUCACUUUCUCCCCUCCCAACAGAAUUUGGCCUGCCUGUGUGUAAAGAUUUCCUCUGGGAGGAGGCAUAGCACAGAGCCAUCCCCAGAUUUUAUAGCUUUGCCAACUCUGUAGCAGAGAAGUACAUAGAUCAACUUAAGAGACUGCUUCCAGACAGGGAGAGCUCCUAGUGGCAGCACUCAAAAGUUUUGUGCAACUAUUAAACCUUUCCCCCCAUGCAACAAAUCUUUUUCUGGUAAGGAAAAGGUGGAAGAAGCAGCAGGAACACAUGGGAGGGUGACAAACAGAAGACAUCUGAUUCCAUGGACAAGGCAGAAUUAUUGUGCAGCAUUACAGAUGCCUCAUCUUGUCACAGCCUGCACUAUGCUUUCCUGUUUCGUGGGGGUUAACGUUCUUAAAGUAUCCACGAAUUGUGAAAAACUGCAAAUUUGGUGCCGGCCGCCAAGGUGGCGUGGGCAGGAGGUGUGGGCUGGGCUGGGGGGCACAUGUGUGGUGAGACAGGGGUGCACACACGCAGAGAUUGCUGGCUUACUCGCAAGAAGAUUGGCUUGGACUUGCUCGGAGAAAAAUCCUGCAAAAGACUGAAGUCGCGAAUGCUGAACCGCAACGGGGGUAUGCUGUAUACAGCAAGAGGUCUCUCUAGCUAUCACUGGGGCAGAGAAAGUACCAUUUCUUCACAGAGCGCUAACUACUGUGGAUGACCACCGGACUUGUAUACAGCCAGGCCCCGGUUACGAACCUCCAAGUGAUGAACAACAAUAUACUUACAAAUGAACGGCCAUAAGCCUAUUUAAAAACCGAAUUAAAAACAGUUUGUAUCUUUUGGAGUUUUGCAGCCUACUGCAGAAUAUUGUCAUUGCCAUAGAAAGAGAAAGGAAGUGAAUGAGAAGAGAGGGAGGCCUCUGAAGCAUGCCCCUUUGCCCUGCCCAACUGGGGAGGGACAUCCCUCCAGCAUGUCCUUGCUGCAAGGAGGAGAUGCUGAUGAGUUGUGGGGUAAACUAGAGAGACUAGUGAUUUUUCCACUUUCAUGGUGGUCCUGUGCCCCUAACCACCACGGCUGUGGAGGGCCAAUUGUAUAUUGAAGUCUUUGUUUUAUAUGCAUGUUUAUGUUUAUAUACAAAUGUGACUUAAAGAGCUCGUUCAUAAAGCAGGAACCACUUGUAUUUUCAAAGAUUAGAUUCUAUCCUAUACUUUUACUGCAAUUCUAAGGAGCAUUUAGUUCUCCUUUUGUAAAUACUUCAGUUGAGACAUAACCAAACUUCAAAUAGUAAGUAAUAAAUCAAGGGCAGGCCCCAGUACUACAGAGCGGGGGGGGGGGGGGAAGUAUGUGCUCAUAACACAAUGUGCAUUGCCAGGUGCAGGUCACAUUUUUGUAUGUGCAACAGAGGUAGAAAAUUUCUUUGUUAGUUGAUAUAUGACCACUAGUAAAAACUAUUAAACUUGUUCUGAGUUUUACAGGAUCAGCUGAAGAGGCUAUGUGUUACUUUCAAGGUAGCACUAUAGAAGGAUCCACUGUCAUGAAAGCCUACAAGGUACAGCCACCCCAGAUAGCAGAUUAGAGGCAAUAUUAAAGGAUGGCAUAUUGCCAGACUGUUAGGGUUACUUUACCAUGGAAGACUGCAGAGGUUGCUUCUCGGACACCACAUGUCUUGGACUGCCCCCAAAGUAAUAAGAAUAAUAAAACCUAUGCCCUCAAGUGCCUUCAAAAUGCUAAGGUUGGGUGUUUUUGGUUUUGCUGGAGCUAUUCAAAUUUAUAACCCCACUGGAUGGGAGUAAUUCUCUGAUCAUGGUUAGAUUUGUUUCUAAGUAAGCUCAAAGGGGUUGCACUAUUAUAGAACGAUCCAUGAGAAACAUCUCUGCGCAAAUGUCUACUGAAAAUGAACUGGAAUGCUAACAAGCUGUGUAAAGCAUUCCUGAUAGCUUUCAUCCUCAGUGUGUUUUGCCAUGUGGGGGGCCAGAGGGGGCAGUUGCACCAUUAUACCACUGCUGCCCUCAUUGCUUUGAGCUCUUAACUGUAGCAUUCAAUAAAAUCAUGAUAAAAUAA